CAGUCUGAGAGACUGGGGGUAGCCUUUCCCCAUACAGCUGGAUACUGCAGACUGCAUUUUUGGAAGCUGUGCUGGAGGCUUUGCAUCACGUAGUUAGUCUUACAGCACUGUUAAACACUUUUAGGGGACGGGAAAAGACGUGUCUAGUUUUAUUUACUACGCUGAAUUAGACAAAACCCAAAACAACUAACUAGCUUAGCUAGCGUUAGCUAACUAGCUUAGUUAACUUUACCUAAAUUUAUCUAACGUUACAAAGCAGCAGCAGCGGGUCGCUUUAUUCCGCAAUGGAAAGUUCGUGUGUCACUUGACGACGAAUUCAGACAAGAAAAAAGGAGUAAAUGGUGGAAUAAUGCUGCGCAAACCCUACCUAUACCACAGCAGGGUGGAGGAUGAGCCCGCAGACUCCGGAGCGGAGACCGCAGGGUCCGACUGCAGCAAAAUAUCUUGCAGCAGCCUUGACCUCAUGGCAGGCCCGGGUCAGGAGCCCCCGCUGGUCACCAUGCACCUGCUGGCCAACCCUGGAGACUCUCUCCUCCUCCAGCACACCCUGGACCGCCUCCUGAAAUGGGUGUGCCCUGGUCUUCGCCUCUUCCAUGUGUCGGAACGCGCCUGUCCAGUGCGUGACUACGCCCUGCCACCUGUGGCCGGCUACCCGUCCCUGGCGGUAACCCUGUUCCUGCAUGAGUCGUAUGGGGAGGAGCGUAUCCUCAGAGUUCUGGACUUCCUCCAGUGUCCACCUUGGCAGUACCACCACACGGAGAGUUGUGGAAGUAGGACGGGACAGGGCGUCCACAUCAGCUCCACCAGCUCACCCUCCAGUGCCCUGUUGCGGCCGUACCUGCUGCCCAGCCGGGACUUCUACAGCCUGGGCACUGGCAUGCCAGUGUGGGGGGUACGGCCGGUGCACUGUGGAGGGGAAGUGGUGCGUCUGACAUUACACAGCUGCUAUGAUAACUACGAGGACACUGUGAGGCUAUAUGAAACUGUUCUGAGGAGGAGGGCAGAAGAGCAGAAAGCCGGGUUCUGUUGGUUCACCCUGAUGGCAGAGAGGGGACUCAGUCUGCAACUCGCCCUCAAACAGCUCUCUCCUGGGGUUAGGGUUGAAACAUGCCACUCUGCUGUGCUGCAGUUUAGAGUGGGCGAGAUUGGUCAAUUGGUGCCAUUGCUCCCGAACCCUUGUUCACCUAUAAGUGCCACCCGCUGGCAGACCGAAGACUUGGAUGGCAACAAGAUCCUCUUUCAGGUUAAAGGAGCUGCGCAGCCUCAGAGACUCCUUACCUCAGCGUUCCCCCUCAGCUGUCCCAGUCUGCCCUCUCGCUCUCUGCUGAGAUGCCCUGUGCCCACCCCGCUCCACUCAGCUCCUCUCGGCUCCUUCAGCAAACUGUCCCAGCUAAAGGAGCGUGCCCUGGCCAAGCUGCCCUCAGACACUUCCCCUGGAGCCCAGAGACUAGGAGGGGAAAGCCUGGGCUCUGGCAGCGCCUGCAGCACCCCUCCAGGGAGUUCCUGCUACUCCUCCCAGCGCAGCAGCCCUGCCGCCCUGUCCGUCAACCCCUCCAUCACCCGCCUCCUGCUGGAAGAACAGGAUGAGAAGGACAAGGAGGAGGAGCCAGAGACCAACGUGGACACAGGUCGAACUGUCGGCCCCCCGACUCAAAGGCCCAGUGCUGUGGGAGCGUCCAGGCUGGAGACUCUUGCCAGGGACCUUAGACAGGGUCUUCCAGAGGCACUGAUGAGCCUGCCGGAGCCAGUGUCACUGAGACUGGCAGGUCAGGAGCCAAUGGAGCAAGUGGACGAAUUCUUCAUCUAGGAAUUAGAGAUGCUGGUUUCUGACCUCACAAUAACUUAAAGCAAUUCUUUAGGAACAAAUCACUGCACCAUUAGGUCUCAUAGCCUUUGUUCGCACUGCAGGGAAACUAAUUUCUUUUUUAAAAUAUAUUUUUCAGAUUUGAGUGUCCUCCAUUUCAGAUUGUAUAUGCCAUUUAUAUGCAUUUAAUAAGCAUUUGCUAUUUAAACUCUUGCUUUAAUUUUGCUUAAAUCAAAAAGAUUCAAAUAGCCUAUCUAAAUAAAGACAAAGUGCACUACAGUUUGUAGUGAAUAUUCUAAUUAAUGAUAAUCAUAUUCUGGCAUGACCAUCCCUGCAACAUCUCAUAUAUAUUUUUGUUGUCUGGUAGGUUUGUGGGAUGUAAUUGCUCUCUACAUUUUAACAGUAUUGCAUUAAUUUAAACAAUUACAAAACAAUAUACAUAUUUUAUCCAGAGAGGUCUCUAAAUUCUCAAAAUCCUUGGACUGCCUCUUUAAGAAACAUUUUACAAAUAUAAUGCAUUUACAGAUUUAAAUGGAAAACACAGUACUAGAACCCAGAUGGUAAAGAGAUGAAAUUGGACUUUUUUACGAUAAAAAUGAGGCCAAAUGUAUUAUAACCACUUUUUUAUCACUCGGGUGUAAUCUAUUGAUUAUCAAAACUGCAAUUGGUGCAGUUAAAUCACCAACUUCAGAUGCAUCACGCUGCAUUUUCACACCCUUAUUAGGAACACGAAACAACUAGCUCUGUGUACCAUGAAGGUGGAGUUUAGACAUUUGACAAAGAGGAUCAAAUUUAAACAUGACCCAGAAUUACUACACCAAUGAAUAAUUAAGUCAAUGGUGUUCAGCUCCAACCCUGGAGUAUCCCUGACCUAAACACUACUGUAUAAAAGCUUGUAAUUACAUAUCAUGUUUAGUCUUUUUAGAUGCAAUAAUAAACAAUGUGAAUUUAGAUAUUACAAACUGUUCUCCAAAAGGACAUUUUUAAAUAUUAAAUAUAUAUCAAUUUAUUCUUUGAAAAAAAAAAGCUAUAGAUAAACUACUGUAAUUUCCAAGUUUCAUCAAUAUGAUCACUUUUGGAUGUCAUGUUCAAUAACUCAUAAUAAUAUUUAAUAUAACUUUAUAGUGGCCUACUAAUUGCAGCUGUGUGAAAAAGUUUCUGAACCCCUGGCCAGGUCACAUAUUUUAUUUGAAAUUUGAAAUGAAAAGAAGGAAAUUCUUGUGUAAAUCAUGUUUUCGCAAGCAAUGCUGCACAGCAGAAGUGUGCACCACCACUCCUAUAUUAUAGCAUACCACAGUGUUUUAAAACUGUGAUUUUACACAGAAAUAACAUAUAGAAAAUAUUUUUUUAAUUUAUCUGCUGCCACAUUGGUUUUGCAUUAUUGAAAAUACUGAUUUUACUGAGUUAACUCUGAAUCUGUUCAGUCCAAGCUUUUAAACAUUAGUGUAUAUUGUUGCUGUCCAAUGAAAAACGUAUUUCCGAAAUAGCAAUUUUAUAGGAAACUGAUAAAACCUUUUAAUUGUAAUCAAUGUAAAAAGAUUUUUUAGAUCAUUUUGAGAAUGACCUAACAUUUCUAUUGGUCAAUUCAUUAAGACAUUUGGUUGUAAGAGACAGUUUGUCUGUUCAAAUUGUGUAGUAAACUAAAAAUCAACAAAAAUGGAGAUACUUGUUUUUUUAUUGGACAUGGGGGAUAUAAAAUGUUAUACGGUGUUAUUGAAUAAACAACAUUGCACUUUUUCUGCUUGUCUUUUAUUUCUUUGAUUUAUGAUGUUCAUGGUAAAACUGUGUAAUGGGGAAAUGACACUAAUUCAAUGGCAGUCUAAUAUCUUGAGUAGGGAUGUUCUGAUCUUAUCCAGUGACUCCGGAUUGGGGAUGAUCAAGGCAUGUUUUAAUUGAUAGAGUAUAGUCUAUUUUAAUCCCAAUUCUGAGUCUUAGGGUGCCAUUAGCGCACAUUAUUGCCCAGUCAGCAAUAAUAAAUUGGAGUUUGGUUAGAGUCUGCAGUGUGGAACUAUUUUACAUAAUGUCUGAAACUAUAUAGAAAUAUAGCACAUCUUAUCUAAACUGUAUUAUUUUAUAAAUUAAACACAAAGAUCGGAUCAGAACAGAUUGGUAUUGACUGAUAUUCAGCAUUAAGUGACUCAGAUUAACUUAAUCAGGACAUCCAUAAUUAUGAGCAUACACAAUCAGUAUGUAGCCUCUUGACAAAGUGUCCAAAUGCUAAAUGUAUAGGAACCAUUAGUGAAGAAAAUGUGUACUAGUGUCUGCUUAAUGUAUCAUGUCUGAUGGGAGAUUAUUAGACCCAUAUUUUAGAAGAAUGUACCUCAGUAUUAUAGAAAAGUAAAGAUUGUCUAGAUUUUUAGCACUAAAAUGUACCAUUAUGUAUUUAAACUGAGCUCAAAAGCAACUUAUUUUUUUGUUUUAUUUGUGAAUGCUGUCUAUGCUGAAGUACUUAAACUAUAAUGUAUUACAUUAACACAACCUUUACAAACAUGACGAAAGUUUUUUCAUUAUUAAAUGGGUAAGAGAUA